ACUCCCGUGCUGCCACGCGGCGCUUUUCGCGCGCUUUUUCGCUUCCCCUCACAGCCCCCCGGCCAUGAUGGCGGAGGCUCUGGGGCGCUGGCUCCGGGAGGAGAUGGAGCUGCCGCCCUCCGCCGCCCCCUCCCCGGCCGCGCUGCGCAGGCUCUGCUCCGGCCCCACAGCUCCCGUUUGGGAUUACGUCACUCGCCACGUCCGAAACCACCGGAACGUGAAGAAGAUUCGAGGAAACCUGCGCUGGCAUGGGCACCUGCAGGAGCUGGAGGCCGCCGCCGCUCCUCCGAGCCGCCAGGGGGCGCUGAGCGCGGCGGUGGCGCGGCUCCGGAAGGAGCUGCAGGACCUGGGGGACGCCAUUGCGGACGCACAGGAAACGGCGCAGCACCUCGAGGCCUCGCUGAGGGCGGGGCAAAGCCGCAGGUGGGCGGAGCUUCAGCGAGGGGCGGAGCUUCGGCUGCUGGGGGCGGAGCCAAGCCCUGCAGGGCUGCGGGGCGGCCACCAGGGGGCGCUAAAGGGAGCCCCGCAGAGGCCGGGCCAGUCCCGGGCGGAGCUUUCGGCCAUCUUGGCCUCGGGGGCGGAGCCGGAAGUGCUGGUGUCAAUCAAGGCCCUGUGCAAAGCCAGGGAGGCGGAGCUGCAGAGGCCACGCCCAUCGAGAGCUGCCAAUCACCCGGGGGAACCCCAGGAGGCUCCGGAUUGGCUGGAACAGGCUGAGGCCGUGCUGAUUGGCCACAGCCCGGGGGCGGUGCUGUGGGCCUUGGAGGCUCUGGCCAAUCAGAGCACGAGGGCUCUUCUGGAUGGCCCCGCCCUCUCGGCCGAGGCCCCGCCCACCCUGAGGAGCCUCCUGCAGGAGCGCUGGGGCGCCGUGGGGGGGGUGUGGGGGCGCUGCCCCCCCUCCUGUCCCACCUGUCCCACCUGAGGCGGCGCCUGGGGACGCUGGGGACGCACCUGGAGCGGGGCAGGGGCACGGCCGGGGCCGCCAGGCUCGCUCUGCUCGGGGCCGCUCUCGGCGCCGCCCGCGCCUCGCUGCUGCGGGAGCUGCGCGGGGG